GGCAGACAGCGGGCAGCAGCUGGCCGCAGCGGCAGCCGUACCAGAGCAGCCGUCCCCGCUAUGGGCUCCCCGCAGCGCCCUCCGCUCGCCCAUGUCUUCAGGGGCACCUUUGUGCACUCCCGCCCCGACGUGCCCAUGGAGAUUCUCCACGGCCGCCUGUUGGGGGUUGACGACGACGGCACGAUUGUGUUUCUGGAGGAAGCUGAUCAGCAGCAGCAACUGGCCAAGAAGUGGGGAUUCAAAACGUCUGACAUAAGAGAACUGACUCAUCAUGAAUUCUUCAUGCCGGGAUUGGUUGAUACCCACAUUCAUGCCCCUCAGUACUUGUUUGCUGGUACAAGAGUAGAUCUACCUCUUUUGCAGUGGUUAACUACUUACACAUUCCCAACAGAGGCGAGAUACAAAGACAGUGAUUUUGCAGAAGAAGUGUACACCAGAGUUGUUAGACGAACUCUGAAGAAUGGCACCACUACAGCUUGCUACUUCGCAACAAUUUACACAGAUACGUCUCUUCUUCUGGCUGACAUCAUAGAUAAAUUUGGGCAAAGAGCAUUUGUUGGCAAGGUCUGUAUGGAUAUGAAUGACGCUGUACCACAUUACAAAGAGACUACAGCUGAUUCUGUCCAAGAGAUGGAAAGGUUCGUUAAAGAACUACUGGAAAGGCAAUAUCCAAGGGUACUGCCCAUAGUAACCCCCCGCUUUGGCCCUUCCUGCACAGAAGAUCUGCUGCGUGCACUAGGUGAUUUAGCACAAACUCAUGAUCUCCAUGUGCAGAGUCACAUAAGUGAGACUGAAGAAGAACUCAAAGUUGUGGAGAACAUGUUUCCUGCCUAUCAGAAUUACACUGAUUUGUACGAUAAAAACAAGCUGCUUACUAGCAAGACAGUGAUGGCUCAUGCCUGUCAUCUUUCUGAAGAAGAGCUGGAGCUUUUUAAUCUUCGUGGAGCUGCAGUUGCACAUUGCCCCAGUUCUAACUUUUCGUUGCACAGUGGCAUCUUAAACGUAAAGAAGGUUUUGAAGCACAAUGUGAAGGUUGGCCUUGGCACAGAUGUUGCUGGUGGAUAUUCAGCUUCUAUGCUUGAUGCUAUCAGGAAAACAGUGGUAGCAUCUAACGCCCUUAAAAUUAAUAAAGUGAGUGAAGCAGGACUAACUCUUAAAGAAGCUUUUCGACUAGCAACUCUAGGAGGAAGCCAAGCUCUAGGACUGGAUGAUGUGAUUGGGAACUUCGAGGUUGGCAAAGAAUUUGAUGCACUGCUGAUCAACACUAAGGCCUCAGACAGCCCUUUCGACUUGUUCUCUGCUGAUACUUUUGAGGACUGUCUCCAGAAGUUCCUCUAUCUAGGUGAUGACCGGAAUAUUUCUGAAGUGUACGUGGCUGGAAAGCAAGUGGUUCCUUUUUCAAGUUCCGUAUAAAUCCAUUUCCCUUUUGCAAAAUCUUCUGCUGAUUACUCUCUAUCUGAUUGGGAAAAUAUUUGUUUAAAACAGUGCCUGAUCAUUUGGAAUGACACCUCAAUUCUGUUAUAAAUCUUGCAAAUUUGAGAAAUUCUGUUAGACCUUUCAGGAAUUAUGUGACCAACACUAUCACAGUUCUAAGAGGAAAUAAACUUCUAAAUUUGUCUGUAAAAAAUAACGUGCAUUGACAAGGAAUUUGGUAAGUUUCUUACUUAAAUAAACAAUUGGUGUUCCUUUCAGUAAUACCAUAGAAAGUAUUAAGAAGAGCAAGGAAGCUCUCUCUGCCUGUAUGGUAUUUUAGUUGAAAAAAUGUCCAGUGUGAGUAAUUCGCUUUUGCAAAUAAUGAAUGUCACAGAAGAAUGUAAUUUCCUUUACAUUAUCACCAAGUAUGGAAAAAUUAGUGUCAUUUGUUGGCAGUUAAUGUUGUUUUUCAUUUUUGUUUAUCUAUGUGGUUAAUUUUAAAAUUGUGAUUUAUUUUAAAACAUAGUAAGUAUCUGUCUAUACAUAAUUAAGAGUUCUGAUUCUCAUGAAACUCAGAUUUGUCAUUAGUAGUCAGAUAGAAGAGAACUGGUGGAAGAAGCAAGUAAAAAAUACACAACUGGUCCAAGGACUGUGAGUGCAGAAAGACUGCGCAGUUCUGCGAUGCUGUAAGCUGAAGCAGCAUUUCCUAAAUGUUGCUCUGGCAACUGGAAGCAGUCCAUCCAAUCUUCUACCAUUUCUCUAUCCAUUUGACUGAAUCUGCUCCCGCUAAGCAACCACUGAAUGAAACUUGUAAUAACCCAAAAGCAGAUACGGAGUUGCCUGAGUGGGCUUCUCUGUGGCAGAAAAUGAAUGGAUUCUUCUGGACUUGUGGGAGUGCUUCCUCUGGCUCAGCCUCUUGUAGAACCUUACCAAAUUCAUUUCCUCCUGACUACUUAGACUAUGGGUGAUAAUAGUUUCCCCUCUCCUUUCUGUAGCAGAAGUGGGUAGGUUUAAAACAAAACCUGCCAGAAGCAAGCUGUCCCUGGCUCUUAUCACCUUUCACUUGAGGUGUGAUUCCUUACUGAAAGAAGCAAUUCAACUUUAAUCAUAGAAUCAAAGAAUGGCCUGGGUUGAAAAUGACCACAAAGAUCAUCUAGUUUCAGCCCCCCUGCUGUGUGCAGGGUCGCCAACCACUAGACCAAGCUGCCCAGAGCCACAUCCAGCCUGGCCUUGAAUGCCUCCAGGGAUGGGGCAUCCACAACCUCCUUCAGCAACCUGUUCCAGUGUGUCACCACCCUCGGUGUGAAAAACUUUGUCCUAAUAUCCAACCUAAACCUCCCCUGUCUCAGUUUAAGACCAUUCCCCCUUGUCCUAUCACUAUCUACCCUCGUAAAGAGCAGUUCCCCUUCCUGUUUAUACAUUCCCUUCAAGUACUGGAAGGCCACAAUGAGGUCUCCCCAGAGCCUUCCCUUCUCCAAACUAAACAAUCCCAGUUCCCUAAACCUUUCCUCACAGGAGAGCUGCUCCAGCCCUCUGACCAUCUUAGUGGCCCUCCUCUGGACGUGGUCCAAGAGCUGCACGUCCUUUCUGUACUGGGGGCCUCAGGCCUGGAUGCAGUAAAAUAUGCUCUUUCAACACUGGAACAGUAAUGACAGCCCUGUACAAUGCUAGUUAAAAAAUGUGCCCUUUUAAUGUUGGUAGUUUGUGUUCUUAAAAAGUCUAUUUUCCUACUUGUUAUUACAGCCUUUUUUUAUUGCAAGAUUAGUUUGAGAAUGGGGAUACUUCUUGUUUCUGUAUUAUGGUUGUUUUUUUGUUGUUGUUUUUCUUUUUCUUUUUGUUGUUGUUGUUUUGUUUGUUUGUUUUGCAGUGCAAAGGAUAUAAGCUUUAAUUUUAGUGUUAGUGGAGACAAUAUUGCACUACCUGCUAUACAUACUUGUUGAGUAUGGUUUUAAGGCCUGCUUCAAAUACCUUUGAUUUUGCUGAGCUUUAUUUCAUACCUUUAUCUUGCUGCCUGAUGAUAUAAAGGCACAGCACUUCCCUGUGUUCCUAAAACAAGAGUGGAAACUGCAUGAACAUCUAAAUUUCUGUCUCUAUAAGGGAACAUUUGGCCUGAUAUCACUAACAACUUGCUCUGACUUAAAGCUUUGUUGGAGGUGAUGCACUGUUCAGGUUAUGACUACAUGAGACAGUACAGUGGAACUAUAACUUAGAUUAGGCACUUAAAGUACCUGGAAUCUUUUUCAGUGUUUUUUGCUUUUUAUUCUUUGUUUGUUUGUUUUUGUUUCUGUUUUGCUAUCACAGAGUAGCCCUACUGCACAGCAUGGUAUUUUGGCUUGCAUAUGCCACCCUGAAGCAGCUUCACUGCUUGCUUAUUUAGAGCUAGCUCAGGUAACUUCACACAGCACCGCUCUGUGCCAUAUGAUUGCCGAGUUACACUCUUAGUCAUCAUUAUGUUCAAUCAUUGCUAAGGUUUUAGGAUUAGAGAUUUAAGGACUAAGAUUUCAUAUUCCAUCAGGGUGUCAUAAAAAUUUUGUUUUUCACGUGUCCCUGUAACCUACAUAGUAGCACACUUUCUUUGCAAAUACAGCCUGCAGCUCUUUAGCUCAGUUUCCUGAUUCAGGGAGUGUUUUUCCUCAUGAAUUUUGAAAUGAAUUUAAUUAAUUGACCAAAUUUAACAUUCCAAAACCAAAGAUCUGUGAGAGACAUGUUUUAAUCCUCCAGUUACUGUCUGAAACUAUUCUUAAGGAGUUGCAUGGUUUGCAGCUUUGGCUUUCCUGCAGGAAUGUAUUCUGGGACAGAGAAAGAUGACGCAGCCUUGUGUACUAUGUAUGUUCACGCUGUAGUACUUUGCUUCCAGAGCUAUGAAUUAUAUCAACACGUUUAUUUUAGUGAUAGUCUAAGCUGUGCCUGACUUUAUUGCUAUUUUGUGGUAGUGUUAAGAAUGUGAUUCAGUGUUUGUUUCAAAGAUCUGGAGAGAGGGAGGGGAUGAUUAUUUGCAAACUAGGAGUACAGAAAAAAAGCUCUAACAAUCUCACCACUGACUGCUGGUGGCCCAAUUACAAAGGGAUUCUCUAGAAUAUCUGCUGGGGAUGACUUCUGCAUUUGAAUAUUGGCAUGUCAUGAGAGUUUGGCUCUUGCUAAAUUCCACCACAAGGCAGAAAUUCAGCUUCUUGAUUAUCGCUUUUCUGAUGCCUGGUAGCCAGACACUACCCAGACUUAGAGAGUCAGUGUUCCAGAAUCACAGCUGGGGGAGGAGCUCUGCCCACAAGUAGUAGAGCCAUGGGCUUCCUGCAGCACUAUACAUUGCUGGUGACAAGCUUGAAUUUGGUUAGAGGGAGCCUGUGGAAGAACUGAUACAGCCAUCUAACAAGCGAAGUGGGAGGUGGUUUCAAAAUUAGCAUCUAAAUAGAACUGAAUGUAAAAAUACUGUAUUGCCAGAAAAAAGUUCCUUUGAGGUAGACCCAGACCUUUCCAUGGAAGGUAGCUUCCAGAUGGAAGUUAGACUGGUUUUAGGAGAUAGAGAGGAUGUAGUAGUCAGACUUCUCUGAAGCAAUUCUGGGGAAGGAUCCUGCUGUGAAGUGUUUAUUAGCCCUCGGGAUUCUUUGGCUAUGUGCAGAUUGCUGAGAUGCUUGGUGCAGUAGUAGAAUAUCAGUAGGUGAAAGCAGUUACUGCUGAGACUUGUAGCUCUGCACCAAUGCCUUCAUAUAGUCUGAUUCCUUGUGCUUCACUGCAUACGUGGUUUGAAGCAAGCCAGGUCAUUGGUUCGGACUCUUAGGGGCUCUGUUAGAGGCUGUAUUUGGUGCGUGACUGCACCUCCAGCGUAGUUUCCUCCAAGAGAAACUUCCUUGUUGUAUACCGAAACCACACUGCAAGCAGAAGCGAUGUUCAGUUAGUGAUGUGUAAACACCACUACUGUCUCAAAAAAAACAAAAAACAAAAAAACAAAAAACAAACAAACAAACAAACAAAAAAAACAAAGCUAAUGGAAGAUAUGACUUACACCAUUCCCCCUCCAUUCUCAGUGGCAUAGAAGACAAAUCAAAGCAACUUCUUUUCUCCUCCUUCUUUCAAAAAAUAGAAAAUAAAAAAAAAUAAAAAUAAAAAAAUAAUAAAAUAAAAACUUAAUAAAAAUAAGGCAACCACACACUAUGGGGGCAUGACUAAGUAGAAGAAAACAUCAGGAUAAUUUUCAGUCAGCAUAAAUUGACAUUGUGCUCCUGACAUAGGAUAGAGCCUCUGGAAAACUGUACAUGCAACUGUUUCCAGAUGUCCGUCCCCAUUAGUUCUCUUGACAGAUUGUGGGUGGGAUCUUUAUUUUUGAUGUGUCUUUGUGUUCAAUGUCAGCACACCAUUCACACAGAGAAAAAUAAGGGUAAUUUGUGGAAAGCUUGCUUGUUGGGACAAUAUGCUUAACGUGGUCUAUGUUGGGAUGAGCGCUUAUUUAUUAUAAAUGGAGUGUAUUUGAAUUACUUCUAUAUGUUGAUCUCAUUGUGUCGCUUUAGGUUUUGAUUAUUAGUGAAACGUGAGUAAGUAUCGCUUAUGCAUUUUGCAGCGUUAUUUGAAUUAUUCAUGUGUGGCAAGUGGAGUUCUGCACUUUAAAAUUUUGGCCUGAUCUAGUGUUUGUGUUUAUGCUGUGUUUUUAUGUAAUCAGAAAGCUUUAUGGGGGAAGAAGGUGUAUUUGUUCUUUGUACUGAGCAUUUUCAUUAUUGUAAGUGGAACUUAUUUCAAAAAGAAAUGUUAAAAUUACCCUGUUUAUAAGUCUGUACCUGAUUAUACACUCAUGAGUGAAUCAGCUAUAAUGGUUUUAUAAAAUCUGACAUGAAUAGCAGUGUUAUACUUUAAAAUAUUUACAGAAAAAUAAUUUUUUAUUCUAAUUACGAUUAUGCAAUGCAGAUUAGCAAAACUUAAUCAGUCUUGCUAUAUAUCUACAAGUCUACUGAGCAAAGCCUAUAACUCUUCCUGAUCAUACAUUUAAAAAAAUUAUGCAUGCUUUGAAAAACAAAAUGCCUAAAUUCUUUCAGAGACCUCAGUUUUAAUAUGAAAUUGUAUUUGCAAUAGUACUCAGAGAAAUCUUAAAAAAAAAUUUUCAAUCUUUCCAUAAACAAUCUGUAACAGAUAAUAAGUUGGAUAAUACUGGAUUGGUAUAAAUAAGUACUCUUGUGUUAUGUGCAGUCCUGUGUUUAGCACUGAGCAACUCAUCUCUCAGGAAGUGGAAAGGAAUUCAGGAAAACUCAAGGGACGUGGGAAAUUUGAGAAAGGACUGGGAAAAACAUAUAAUUUGAAAAGGCACCAGAAUGCAAAAUAAUGCAAAAUAGAAAGAAGCCAGAUCAGAGAAACUCAUACAGACACAGUGACAUGUUAAUGAAGUUUUAGGUGGGAAAUGCUAUGGAAAGAAGGACAUUUUUCAGGCACAGUUCUGUGAAAUCGCAGACUUGAUUUCUUCAGAAAGUCAUCAAGGUCCAGGAACAGGACAGAUUUCCAAAGGGAACCAGUUAUUUAUAUGCUAAAAUAUUAAGAGCCCAAAUUACCAUGGCUAAUUGUAAUGCUUUUCCUCUCACUCAAACUCUACUUCUAGAUUUAAACUAUAGCUACUUGCAACAACUCCAGAAGAAACUUAAUACAGUGUUAUGCUUUAUCUUCAUGUUUCUAUGAAACAUGAAGAUAUGUGGUAGUCAGCAGGUCAGAUACAAAAGUAGUCUGACCUUAGGGGAGCACCUGUACUGCCUCAUGCAACAUCCCCUGUCACACGCCUCAUGGUGCAGUGAUGGCAGAGUUCAACAACACAGGAAUACAAGCCUCUGGUAUGACUGGAGUCCCUGCAAGUAAGCUGAUUCAAUUAUCAGACUGUUUUGAAGUUCAGAACACACACAGAGUGCAGCGCAUUUUAAAUUGCACCAUCAGCUUGAAGCGUUAGUUCACUACCUAACAGUCAUCUCACAUGAGCUAGGAACUUUGCCCUAAAGUUUAUUUUUGAGCCCUGUUAAUAUGUGUAAAACAACUCCUGCUUAUUUCAACAGAGAAGCCAGCAAAUGACAUCUGCUUGGCUCUGUUUACAAAAUAAACAACAGCAACAAAAACAGUUCUUGGGAGACCGAAAGGGUAUCAGCAGCAGUCUGCUGUGUAAGGUUAAUAAAACAGUAACUUUUCCUUGAAAGGCUGAGCAGUGGUUUUGGAGGGUAUUUUCCAGGAAAUUUCAAUAAAAACUUUUUUUUUUUCUUGGAAAGUAUCCUAAGCAGGAGUGGUGUGCUUCAAACCAUGAGAUCCAUUGUGACUUCUGCAGUGGCAGUGAUUUGUGAAUGCAACAGUUAUGCCUAGAGUCAGCCUUUCUCCCUGCUCAAGACUUAGACUUGUUUAUUUGGUUUGUGGUUUCUCACAGACUUCAUUUUAAUUGGAAAAUAGCUAGGAUGAAUGUGUACAGUUGGGCUUGAAAGGCAAUCUCAUAGCCACCCACCUAAUACUUAACUCAAAAGAUCCCAUCAGAAAAGUAUUAUUACACUUACGCAGCUUGUGGGCUCAGUGUUGUGGCUUAAUGGCUUGAGUCAGCUGGUAACAAACACAGCCAAGACCAGAAUGUAAACCGUGAGCAGCUGACAUAAACAGAACUGAAAGCCUUGCUUAGCCACAUGCCACCUCUAGGCACCUUCGAAUACAAAACUGAGCCCUCAGUAGAAGGGACCGAUGUUUCUGUUAACGAUGCUUUUCAUUUCUGUGUCUGGCUGAUCUCUGAUCCCUGGCUUUGGAGCUGGGCUGUGUGUCCAUUAAAAGCUUUUGCUGAUGGAGGUUUUAAAAAGUGGUUACACGUUCUCCUUAGCUGUUGAAGGUAGCAGCAGGGAGACUGUCAACCGUUGCUUCAGUAUGAGCCUUUUUUGCCAAAGGAGAGAUGACAUCUCAGUGGAGUAAGCUUUUCUGAUUCUGGUCGUUGGUUUUGUCAGCUUGUCACCUGUUCGUAGGUUCUGAAAAAUGCCUAUCUGGAGUUAUGCUGUUGAAUUCCUCCUAUCUGUUGCGCUCACGUGUAAUUUCAAGAAAAAGCAGUGUAUUUGGAAAAAUGGUAUACGUGAUUUCCUUCGUUCUGCUUGUUUUUGAUCAUGCUAAAUGGGAAUUUAUGUACUGUUGAAACAAAAUAAAGUGGCCUUGUGUUUACACCA